AAAACCACGAAAAAAAAUGAAAAAAAACUAACAUUGACAGUGACAUCUCUACCAGUUAAAUAUUGCAACAAUUUGGCGGUAUCAAAUGUUUAAAAGAUUGUACCUAUUUGUUUUCAGUUAUCUAAUCUUUAGUUAAGUUUAUCAUUUUGUUAUAUUUGAAACAAAUGUCUGUGUUAUGUGAUUGAUCAGAAGGUUCUGAUAUUUAUAUUGUUCAAAAUGUCAAGGGAUAUAAGAUCAUUUUUCACGGUUAAAAAAGAAAAGAAAGCAAAAGACGAGGAUAGUGAUGUUAUACCGGAAUCACCAAAUGUUCAAAUUAUACAAAAGAAAAAACCAAAUAGAAAACGCAGACAAAUCAAAGAUGACUCAGAUGAGGAAAUUUUUACAUCUAAAAAGAAAAUUCAAUCACCUCCAAAGGCAAAACUUAAGGAAGUUAAACCCACUGAAUUAUUUGGCAGUGCUCCGAUAAAAAGAACAGAACCAUUGGUUAAAAAAUCAAAGAAGAAAACAGAAAUUGCUAUACAUUCAGAUGAAGAAUUUGAACAGAGUUUAUUACAAAUUGACGAAAUAAAUUGCAUAGAAAACGAAAAGAAAACACCAGAAAAAAAUCAAGUAAACAAUAUUAAAAAAAAUGGGACAAAAAGUACUCAAAAUCAUGACUCAAUCAAUAAUAAAAUUUCAAAACCAUCACCAAAAAAAUCACCAAAACCAUCAUCAAAGAGAAAAUUGGAUACAAGUAUUGAUGUUAAAAAAGAAAUUGAAACAAUUCCUAAACAAAUCGAAAAAUCUUGUGCAGAUUUCAGUGAAUUUGUUAACGAUGAGGAACAUGACGAUAAUGAUCAAUCAAGUGUACCAAAAUCAAAGAAAUUCAAGAUGGAUAAAAGUCUUAAUGAGUCUGUUCUUUCAGAUGAAGAAAGACAUGAAAGGAAACGAUACUCUGCUGCUCUUUACCAAAAAUAUUUGAACAGAUCCGGGCCCAAGCACUUAGGGUCUAAAGAGAUACCUGAGGGUGCACCAAAUUGCUUAAAGGAUUAUGCGUUCCUACUGACCGGUGUCCUAGAUUCGUUUGAACGUGAUGAAAUUGUUGCUGCCAUUACAAAGUACGGAGGCUGUGUGAAGAGUGGCAUCAGUAAAAAGGUAACACAUGUCUUAGCCGGUGAAGACGCCGGUCCAGCUAAAUUAGCGAAAGCACAAGAGCUCGGCAUAAAAAUCAUCAGUGAAGACGAAUUUCUAUCAGUCAUAAAAGAUUCAACUAAUAAAAAACAUUCGCCUAGAGACAAAAAACCAUCACAUAAUGAAAAUAAGAGAAGUGACAAAAAGUCAAAUGAAAAUAAAAAUGAAUCAAGUACCAAAAGAAAUAAAAAAUCUCCAAAGUCUGAAGAAAAGAAUAAAAUCACUGUAAAUAAAAUUAAGAAAGAAUCUUUAUCACCGAAAAAGAAUGUAAGUAAGGAAAUAGUGAAAUCAGAUGAGAGAAAAGUAAAGUCAGAAGAUACAAAAUCUAAGUCUGAAAUAAUAGAAAAAUCGGUUCAAUCAGGAAAUAAACUUAAUGGUGAAUUUUCAAAGUCAAGUAGUUCAAUAGAUGCUUCUAAUGCACUAAUGUGGGUUGAUAAGUAUAAGCCGCAGAACUUGAAACAGAUCAUAGGGCAGCAUGGAGAAGCCAGCAAUGUUAAAAAGUUAUUAAACUGGUUGACGAAAUGGUAUGCAAAUAGAAAAGCAAAACUGCCAAAACCCAAUCCGUGGGCAAAAAAUGAUGAUGGAGGAUAUUAUAAAGCUGCACUGUUGUCCGGACCACCAGGAGUUGGUAAAACAACCACAGUGUCGCUAGUGUGCAAGGAGUUAGGGUUCGACAUGGUAGAGUUCAACGCCUCGGACACCAGGAGCAAGAACCUUAUUAAGGACCAGAUCAGUGAUCUGUUGACCACUACUUCCCUGUCGGGUUAUGCUAAAGGUAACAGUGGCAAGGGCGCGGUGACAAAGAAACACGUUCUAGUGAUGGAUGAAGUGGACGGUAUGGCUGGGAACGAAGAUAGAGGUGGUCUCCAAGAGUUAAUAUCGCUGAUCAAGUCUACAUCAGUGCCGAUUAUAUGCAUGUGUAAUGACCGGAAUAGCGAGAAGAUGCGGACCCUCGUCAACUACUGCUACGACCUAAGAUUCACCAGGCCGCGACUGGAACAGAUCAAGGCGGCGAUGAUGUCGAUAUGCUUCAAAGAAGGUCUGAAGCUCCCCGGAGACGCUCUGUCACAACUAAUCACAGCGUCAGGUAACGACGUGCGACAGACUCUACACCGCCUGGCGCUGUGUGCUGCCUCGCCGCAUGUCUGCAGUGACGCCAGCUCUGUGAGGAAGGAUGUCAAGACGAGUCCGUGGGAGGCCAUCCGCAAGGUGUUCAGCUCGGAGGAACACAAGGGAAUGUCGCUGAACGACAAGAGCGACCUGUUCUUCAGUGACUACAGCCUCGCACCUCUCUUUGUACAGGAAAACUAUCUAAACGUUGCGCCGCACUGCCCUAAGCAAGAAAUCUUAGAAAGGAUAAGUAAAGCAGCUGAGAGUAUUAGUAUAGGAGACAUAAUAGACGCUAAGAUAAGAGGCCAGCAAGCCUGGAGUUUGCUGCCAUUGCAGGCAAUGUACAGCAGCGUGAUACCGGGUAACAUUCUAGAAGGUCACGUAGCUGGACAGAUACAGUUUCCAUCGUGGCUCGGGAAGAACUCUAGAAAGAAUAAAAUGCAUCGGCUCUGUCAGGAGAUACAUGCGCAUACCAGACUGAGUACAUCAGGCUCUAAAUCUUCAAUAUACCUGGACUAUGCAUACCAUCUCCGAGAUGCAGUUGUUAAUCCAUUGAUAAAAGAUAAAGCAGACGGCAUAGAAAAGUCCUUAGAUGUACUGGAAUCUUAUCAUCUUUUAAGAGAAGAUCUAGAUUCGUUGGUGGAGUUAUCUCUGUGGCCCGGUCAGAGGAAUCCUACGAUACUGAUUGAUUCAAAGGUAAAAGCAGCCAUGACGCGUACAUAUAAUAAGAAAGCGACCGCCUUACCUUAUGCACCGGCAACUGUUAAGAAAGGCAGUAAGGUUGCUCAAGAGGAUACGGAAUAUUCUCAGGAAGAUGAGGAGCAGGCGUCAGAAGAUAGUGACCCCGAGAAUGAUGCGCUUAUAAAAAAAAAGAAGAAUAAAGAGACAGAAAAACCCAGUAGUAGUAAAACAAGUAAAGGAAAACAAAAUGAAGCAUCCAGUCCCACUAAAGGGAAAGGCAAAAAAACUGCCCCUAAAGGUGGCAAAAAGAAGUAACUACUGUAGCUUUAAAUGUGACCUAAUAAUUUUUAUUUGGAAUCUCGUAACUUUCAAUAAAUAUUUUUUUUAAC